AGCCCACCCGAUUUCAGACGACCCGUAUUCGUCUGAAACAAAAACCCCUAAAAGAAACCCUAAAACCCUUUCUGCCUUUCUCCAUCGUCUUCAUCUUCAUCAUUCGACCUCUCACCCAAAAAUCCCAAUCAUCAAUGGCGAAAAGAAAAAGCAGUGCUCAGAGCGAAAACGCUGCGCAGAAACAAGAAGAAGAAAAGCCACAAGAGAAAGCAGAAGAUAAACCUGUUGUAGCAGUAGAAGUAGAAGAAGAGAAGGACGAAGAAGACAAGAGCUUCGAAGAAUUGGGGCUGGAUUCCCGCCUCAUUCGUGCCCUAUCGAAGAAAUCAAUCGAAAAGCCGACCCCAAUCCAGCACGUUGCCAUUCCUCUUAUCCUCGAAGGCAAAGAUGUGGUGGCCCGAGCAAAAACCGGUUCUGGAAAAACAUUAGCUUAUCUGCUUCCAUUGCUUCAGAAGCUUUUCUCUGAUUCACCUUCGAAAAAGUACACCGCCCCUGCAGCCAUUAUUCUUGUUCCGACUCGAGAACUGUCGCAACAAGUUUUUUCGGAGGCGACUUCGCUAAUUGAAUUAUGCAGAGUGCAAAUUAAAGUUGUUCAAUUGAGGAGCACAAUGUCUCCUUCUGACUUGAAAACAUCUUUGGCGGGUUUUCCUGAUAUCGUUGUGUCAACUCCUGCGUGUGUACAAACGUGCUUGACAAAAGGCAUCCUUAAAGCUAAAGCUCUUCAAGAAUCACUUUCGGUUCUUGUCCUUGAUGAGGCAGAUCUUCUCUUGUCGUAUGGAUAUGAGGGCGAUCUAAAAGCUCUUACGGCUCAUGUUCCAAAGCGUUGCCAAUGCCUUCUCAUGUCUGCUACUUCAAGUGCUGAUGUUGAAAAGCUGAAAAAGCUUAUUCUACACAAUCCCUACAUUUUAACUUUACCUGAAGUGGGUGAAGGAAAAGAUGAUAUUAUCCCCAAAAAUGUUCAGCAGUUUUAUGUUUCAUGCGGUGAGCGUGACAAGCUUGUGUAUAUACUUGCUCUCUUGAAGCUGGAGCUGGUUCAGAAGAAAGUGCUGAUUUUUGCUAAUUCAAUUGACAUGAGUUUUAGACUUAAGCUCUUCUUUGAACAGUUUGGAAUCAAAUCUGCAGUUUUAAAUGCCGAGCUGCCUCAGAAUUCUCGUUUACACAUUCUUGAGGAAUUCAAUGCUGGUCUUUUUGAUUACCUUAUUGCAACUGAUUGCAGCCAAUCAACAUCGACACAAGACCAAAACGACAAGUCUAACAACCCUCCUCGUAAAAAAUCUAAAAAGAAUUCCAAGGUGAAGUUUGAUUCAGAAUUCGGUGUAGUCAGAGGAAUAGACUUCAAAAAUGUGUACACGGUGAUAAACUUUGACAUGCCUGAAACUGCUGCGGGUUAUGUGCAUCGGAUUGGUCGUACUGGAAGAGCAUAUAAUACCGGUGCAUCUGUCUCUCUUGUCUCUCCUAAGGAUACGGAAAUUUUCGAAGACAUCAAAACCCUUUUGGGUGAAAAUGACAACGAGGACUCAAAAUUAAUUGCUCCAUUUCCUUUGCUAAGUAAGAAUGCUGUUGAGUCUUUACGGUACAGAGCUGAGGAUGUUGCAAGGAGUGUAACAAAAAUCGCCGUUAGGGAAUCACGCGCGCAGGAUCUAAGAAAUGAAAUCCUCAAUUCCGAAAAGUUGAAGGCUCAUUUUCAAGAAAAUCCAAAGGACUUAGAUCUAUUAAAGCACGAUAAAGCGCUGAGCAAAAAGGCACCUCCUCCACACUUACGCAAUGUGCCCGAAUACUUGUUGGAUCCAACAACACAAGAAGCUAGCAAGCUUAUAAAGCUUGCUAGAGCUGCUAUGGGAAAUACCAAUUCUACCCAUCGUAAAGUGUUUAAAGGAAAAUCUAGAAGAAGCAAAGAUCCCCUAAAAACAUUCUCUGCUGAGGGGCCAAAGCGAAGUCAGAAAAAAGCUGGGAUGAAAAGGAAAAGUAGAAACAGGGAUGAUGAUCAUUAGAAUAUACUGUGCUUAGUUGACGUAAUUUAUUGUGAGGUUUGAUUUUCUAAACAAAUUAAAAAAAAAGUUCGACUCCAAUUUAUCGAUAGUUGAUUUUCUUGCUGACUGGAAGUUGCUGUUUUCCGCGCGUAUGCCUCGACCGAAAAAAGAAAGAACGUAAAAAAAUCCACAAAAUGAGGAUUUUUGGAGAGCUCUAUUAUUGGACUUUAUACAAAAAAUAUGGAAGAAUUUGUUAUAUUAAUUAGUAAAUUACUCGUUUUCUUUCGACAUUUUGGUUAAAUUAUAGUUGUGUUUAUAGGAUUUAUUUCCGAUUAUUGUAUCGAUAUAUUCCCCUGCAUGUUUGGCAGAAUGGUGCUUGUGUUACAUUUGAGUUUAGAAAAAUGAGUUUUUCUUUUUCUG